AUGUUCAAAAAUGCCCCUUCCCUUGCGGCUAACCGCAAGCGCGUCUUUAAUUCAGUGUUUGCGCCCAUCUCGCUGAAGGAACACGCACCUGUACCUGGGAAAACACCGACUGAGGCACCAGUGGCCCUAGGCCGACAGUCUGAAUUAGUUGGUUCACAGAAAGAGCGCGCUUCCUCACGGCGUGAGCAGCCAGGUCAACAAGCAGGCGGGGACCUGGAAACCCGUACAAGUCUUGAACCCGACAAGCAGUCAUCAGAGACGACUGCUCGGACUCGUGCAUGGCGUGUCGCGACAGAUUUUCUCCGGUUUUCUGGUUGCAGUAUCCAUGAACUUUUUGCCCUCGAUCACGAAAGCACGGAAUUCUCAUCCCAGCGGCAACAGGCCUCGCGGGAAAUAUCUCAGGCUCUAGCAUAUCUACUGUCGCCGUCGUUCCGCAGCACAUCUCAGAGCCAGAAAUGGAAAGAGUACGACCUCACUGACUGGUACGGGAACGAAAUAAGACGUCACUUUCUCGCCAAUUUUCGACCUAGUCUAGUAACCGUACGUUCACCCUUUUCCACUGAAUUGGAGAUGUCUAACCAACCUGUGAAGGUCCUUCGAGAAACGACACCAGAGGAGACCUUGUCCAAGGUAGUGCAUUAUCUACAAUUGGCCCAGCGUUUAUAUUAUACCCCAUUCUUGAAUUUUGUAGUACCGAACCUGGAGUCGACCGACCGCGAUUCGGCAUUUUCUAGGCUUCGGGAGACUUUCCAAGCUGUUGUUGCAUAUUCCCUUCCGUUUAAUCAGAUUUCAACUCUUUUAACGUCGGCUUUGACCGAUGGAGCCGUUGUUAUUUUAGGGAUCGCUCAUGAUGAGUUGGCCACGGAUACGAAUGAGGACGAUACCAUGGACAUCGAUGCCCAGUUUCCAGUUCCUUAUCACGCGUGGAAAAAUGAACCGCAAGAAUCAGUUCGUGAUCGAAUGAUGGCUGACCAAGACUAUCCACACAUAAAUACGGCGAGACACAAGCUUUUGUCGCUACUAGCCGCCUUGCAGGACGUGGGACUCGGGAGAGACCGAGCUCAACAAGUCUUUGCUCGGGUUAUGAAUGACCUGAUGACCCAAUUUAUCACCACUUCUUAUACUGACCAAUGGGACUCGCCAUCUCUUGCCGAUCAACAUCUGCGAUUGUGGACUGAGAACACAUUUGCCAGACUGGUUGUUGAAGUACUGGACAUUUUCCAGCCGUCUGCUUCUGAAAGAGCCGAUGGACAUUUAAAUGUUCGUCUCGACGACGUGGCGAGGUGGCAGGAAAUUGCCAUCUCCCGCCUAGGCGCUCUACGUACGAGUGAGCUUUUCGACGUGAUUGUAGAGUGGGAUUCUAGUAGUGGCGCUAUUGAGGACCUCAAGCAGUAUGCCUCACACCCGGCCGCUCGGUAUUCGGUGACGACUGCGUUUGUUGGCAUGCUCAACCAGCGUUUAUUACACCCUGGUGCUUCUACAGUGGAAAUUCUACAACUUUACAUCUCAAUUAUACGAGCAUUUAGCCUUCUAGAUCCCAAGGGGGUCUUGCUCGACCGAAUAGCCCGGCCCAUCCGUAAGUAUCUACGGGAUCGCGACGACACCAUCAAAGCGAUCGUGGGCGGGCUUCUUUCGGAGUCGCCAGAGAGCGGAACAAAUGCAGGAUCUGGCGAGACGUUGGCAGAAUUAUCCACAGAAUUGAGCAAUGCCCAUCAGCGAAGCCUUCAGAAUGAUUCCAAUGAGCUUGAUUGGAACGAUAUGAACUGGAUGCCGGAUCCCAUCGAUGCAGCUGCCGAUUACAAAAAGUCCAAGGGCUCGGAUGUUAUUAGCAGUCUGAUCAGUUUGUUCGACUCGAAAGAAGCAUUUGUGAAGGAGCUCCAAGAGAUGCUUUCUGAGCGACUGCUUAAGAAAAAGGCCGACUUUGAUCAGGAGUUGUCGGUCCUCGAGCUACUAAAAGUUCGCUUUGGCGAUGGUGCCUUGCAACCCUGCGAGGUCAUGCUUCGCGACGUGUUUGACUCGAAACGUGUUGAUGCUGUCAUUCGCAACGACCAAGGGCUGGCUAGCAAGGAAGUAGCAUCUGAGGAAUCACCGGCAGACGUGCCGCAAUUUCAUACAAAGAUUCUUUCGCGCUUUUUCUGGCCGGCCAUCCAGGACCAGCCUUUCAAAGUACCGCCGGAAAUUUCAUCCUUGCAGGAGCGAUACUCGGCUGGCUUUGAAUCACUCAAGCAGUCACGUCGGCUCACGUGGCUUAAUGGAAUCGGCCAGGUUACUGUUGAGCUUGACCUUGAGGACCGAGUGUUUACGGACGAGGUGACGACAUGGCAGGCCAGUGUUAUAUACGCUUUUGAUGACUCGGACACUACAGAAAGCACUGCUUCCGUGACGAAGACCGUCGACGAGCUCGCCGACAGAUUAGACAUGCCAGCCUCCCUGGUGCGCAGCGCUUGCCUCUUCUGGGUCAGCAAACGCAUCCUCACCGAAGAUCCGCGGGACUCGUUCCGCGUGCUGGAGAGACUGCCUCAGGACGAAGACCGAGACGGCAGCCGGGGUGGUGAUGAGCCGACUGCCUCGGGCUCGUUAUUAUCAUCAACCUUCACAGACGAUGCAGCAGCAGCAGCCGACGCGGCGGCGGCGGCGGCAGCGAAAGAGACUGCGCACGCAGCAGCCAUGGAGAAGAUGAAUCUGUACUGGCAAUUUAUCAUGGGCAUGCUAACCAACCAGGGCGCCAUGCCGCUGCAACGGAUCAUCAUGAUGCUGAAUAUUACUGUUCCGGGCGGAAUCCCCUUUGGAAAUGAGGAGCUGAGGGAGUUUCUUGCUGGUAUGGUGUCUGAGGGGAAGCUCGAGAUUGUGGGUGGUGGGAGCUACAAGCUGGUGCGCUAA